AUGUGGCUAUUUGCGGCCAUUAGCCUCGCAAUUGCAACUCCGUGCUUCCGGUCGUGGCUCGAAGGUCUAUUUGCUGAGCUCUCCAUCGUCUUUUUUACGUAUCUUCAACUCGUCUCUGCUGGUCUUAUCUUCUUUCUACUGCUGGCACUUGUCUUUCAUGGCCGACGCUUUUUACACAGUCAUCAUAUCGCAAGCAAACAGCAACAGUCUAAUUUGCAUGAAGACACCUUUGCAGAAAAGAAGGCGCUUGCUCAUAUUCUGUGGAAGCGUAGGACCAAACGACGUGCGCUCAUGCUGCGGGUCAAGAGCACGACCAGCGAGAUUGCAGGCAGCGGCUUUUAUCCUCCGCAGCUUUGGACCUCGUCGCUCUUUGUGCUCGCCAUGUUGCCUAUCAUUAACAGUGUCGUGAUAGGGGGAGGAAGAGGAGAAGCUCAGACUACGUCCAACUCCCGCAGUCUCAAAAGUGAAACAGUGGCAGCAGCCCAGACGACGUUUGACACUGAAAUUGCAGCCCUCUUUGCGCUGCAGCAACAGCUCACGACCUGUAAAUACUCAGGAAAAGAUGAAUGUCUUGACAACGUGACGAGUAUCUCUGUACUAGGAGAAUAUCGGCGUGCAGCACAAUACUGCACGGCAUUCGAUGCUGCCUAUGUAAACGGUUCAACUGGAGCAGCGCUGCCGGCCCAGUUCUUUCCCAUUGGAGUGAAGGAGGCCAACGCACAAGGUUUUGCCAAUAACUUCUUUGCAUGGUCCAGUACCAACCAGGAAAAAUUCCAGGCAGACUGCCCAAUUCUGUAUAAUGAGACGGUGAUUGGAGAAGGACAGGAGUUGCUGUGUUGCACAGAAGCGCAGUACGAGAUAUUAAGUCUGCAGGCCCAAGAGCUGCCAGGAAAGUGCACGUCUUGCAAAGAGAACAUACGAAAUUUGUGGUGCCAGUUUACGUGUCACCCUAGCAAUAGUUUGUUUGUGGACGUGACCCAGGUGCGGCUUAUGGAGGGGGAUUCGGAUCACGCGGAGGAGGUCUUCCCUGCAAUUGAGGAGGCCACAUAUUACGUGGGUAGAGACAUGGUGCGCGACCUUCACGACUUCUGUGAGGCCGACAUAGGAUUUAUGCCGCUAGUUUGUGGCACGGAGGAUAACUGCUCGACGACAGGUUCGAACAUGUUGGAGUACCUGGGUGCGUACAGUUUUGGCAAUAUGGGAUCACCGUCGCAAGUUAAUUUCAUUACGAUGGAGCAACUUUCGAUGGCUGAACAGGUCGAGAAGAUUUGUGCUUGUGGCAGUACAAACAUGACUGGCUGCUUUGUGCCGAUGAAUACGCGACUUGAAUCGUGUGUGGAUACUUGCGGCUCAUUGUGUGCUGUAAACGCUGAUGACAGCCGUCAAUACUUCUCAGCCUGUUACAGCGUUAACAACACCGUGGCAUUUAAUGAUUCAAGUUCCUUCAGCACCAGCACCACACUCAAUCGCAGUAGCUCAAGUGCUGCAGGCAAGAUUGAAUCCUUGCUAUUGGGUUUGUCGUCUCGUCCUACAGGUAGUAACUUUGUGGUGCUAAAUUACAUUCUAGCUGUGCUUGCAUUCUUCGUGGCAACUGCACUAGCGCUCGGCUUUGCCUACUCUGCUCGGUACGGCAAAAAGAUGCGACAGUCCGUUUUGAGUGACUUCAUUAACGAUUCAAUGGGUCGUCAAAUGCUGUUGCAGGUGAAUUUGGAUCAGCUUAAAGGCAUUGGACGCUGGGACGACUGGGUGACGCAGCGAUUAAAACGCUGGGGAGAUUUUGUGGCCAUGGGAAAUCAUCCAGUGUACAUCAUUCUCCUUUCGUUAAUGAUAGUAGCCUGCUGCUCGAGUGGGUUGAUUCGAUUGGAAGUGGAAACUGACACAACAAAGCUGUGGGUGUCGAAAAGUAGCACAGUCUAUCAGGAGAGGUCACGGUUUGAUAAGAUGUUUGGGCUUCCCGAUCGUGUGGAGCGACUAGUUCUUGCAGCGAAGGACGGUGGUGUGGUGACGAGGACGCCAUACUUAAAGGAGGCGGUCCGUUUACAGCAAAUAGCUGCUAACGAAGUAUCAUCGGGUAGUAUUACGCUGAGCGAUAUCUGCGUCAAGGAUGCUUCGACUUCACGUUGCCAGAUUCAUGCGGUUACACAGUACUUUCAGAACAAUAUGGAGCACUUCGAGAUGUAUGAGACGUAUGACCUGGUUGAAAAACAUUUACGAAACUGUGCGAUUGCUCCGAAGCAAGCAGACGUGGACGUAUGCAGUGAGUUGCGAGUGCAGCUCAAUGCAUCGGGCUCGUCGCUUCCUGCGAGUAUGAGGAAUUGCCCGUGUAUGUCAUCGUUUGGCACUCCUAUGACCGAGUUGAAAAGGUACCUUGGCGGAUUUACCACGAGGGAUGACUUUUUGGAUGCAAAUUCUUACCUUCAGCAAGCAACUACACUCUUUUCGACUACUGCAGUGAUUGAUUAUCACGAUGCAGCUAAGAAAACGGAUGCAAUCGCUUGGGAGCGCGCGUUUAUUGCGCGAAUGAAGAAAGAAGCGGAGAUGAACGCGCUAUUUGACAUUUAUUAUGCCGCUGAGACGUCUACAGACGAUGAAUUUGCAAGUGCUUCGAAUUUGAACAUUGUACUCAAGACAGGAAUCACAGGCUUCAUCAUUAUGAUUGUUUAUGUCAUGAUCGGAUUGAAUCGCUGGAAGCUAAACUGCCGCUUCUUCCAUUCGUCUAAAAUAGCUGUGGGGUUCAUAGGUGUUGCCUGUAGCCUGAUGGCAGUAGUUGGGACGUUGGGAAUGAUUGCAUGGACAGGCACGAAACUUCAGAUUGUGACUCUUAUCGUAAUGCCGUUGGUUGUGUUUGCAAUUGGCACUGGGAAUGUCUUCUUGAUUCUUCAUGCCGUCGACUUGAAACAAGAUGAGCUGAAGAUGGAGCAACGGUCACUUUUUGUUGGGCUGGAAGACAACAAUUUCGGCAUCCACGAGAUUACGUGCGUGCUCCUAUGUGAGGCCACAGGUUAUGUUGGUCCCAGUAUGAUCCUGACUGCUACGUGCGAGUGCUGCAUUGUUGCUAUUGCGGCAUAUUCGGCAAUGGCAGCCGCUCAGUGGCUUGCUGGCUCGUUGGUCUUAGGUAUUGCCGCCAGCAUCGCUUUGCAGAUGACCUUGUUCCUUGCGAUUGUUACGCUUGACAAACGUCGCGAGCUAAGCGGGACGUACGAUGUGAUCUGCUGCAAACGCGUAUUAUUCACCGGCCGUUCUCGUUUUUCUGAAGAUGACAAUACUGAGGCGACUGAAAGCUCGUCAUUUCCAGGGAGCUUGCAUUUCGUGUUUGAUAUGAAUUUGAUAGACCGCUGCGUCAGUGGCUACGUCAAGGUGUUGUUGACGAAGUUGUCAAAGGUACUUGUGCUUUUCGUCUUUGCUGCGUGUACACUUGUGGCGAUCGCUUCUGUUGAAGCAAUGGAUCGUGGUCUUUCACCGACCUCAUUUAUUUCAUCGAACUCGUAUUUGCAAGCAUACUACCGUGCAGUCGAUGAUAUGGACUUGUUAGCCAACGAUUUUCCUGUCUAUUUCGUGGUUGAAGCUAGUUACGGUAGGAAUCCUGAUGGAUUUAACAGCCUCGCUAAUGAUGCAAAGGCUCAGAGCCUGUUGUGCACUUCAAAGGAGUUUUGCUCCGAUCUGUCAAUCCCAAACGUCCUCAACACUCUUGUAGUAGAUGGUGCGAGCAACGUGACCCAUUUUAAAGAUGGUACAGUUGUUGGCUCAUGGCUGGAUGAUUUCUGGGGCUAUAUUGAUCCAGACAAUGAAUGCUGCCGUGUUGACCCGGAAAACGGCUACUUGUACAAUCCUUCACAUUCAGCUGAGCCUCGCGUUGCGUAUUUUGUUUCCGAACGCGGCUUAACUUCAUGUUUGGGGAAUGGAAGUGAGGUUUUGUCUGUACCACAAGAAUCAUUCAUGUUGUUGCUUAGCAUGUUCUCGACGGCAGCUGCUGGUCCACUCUGUUCGUACGCUACAGGCACACACUACCAUGGACAGCUUAGUUUUGAUACUCAAGCCAUUCCUGCUAUGGGUAGCAAUAUUACUAUGGACGUAACGCUUAAGGGCACUGGAUACGGCGACAAUAUCACCGCGUUUGCGUAUAUGGUAAUGAGCACCACGAUGGACCCGUCUGCAGUUUCAGGCAGCCAGGAAGGGGCAAUUACGGCAUAUUCACAGGCUUGGUAUAUUGCAAAGUGGAUCAGCGAAGAGACGGGCAUUGACGUCUGGGUAUACUCACCAGAGUACGUCUUCCUAGAUCAAUUCCACUCUGUUCGUCGCACGGCGUAUAUUGUCGUGGGUGUUGGUCUCGUCGUUGUGUUCGUGCUACAGAGCGCAGCCCUUGGAUCCUGCUGGUAUGGCUUUGCGACAGCAUUUGUCGCGGCAGUCACCGUGGUCCAGGUUGCUGGUCUGAUGGUGCCGAUGCAUGUGCCUCUAAACGCGCUUACAAUUGUGAGUCUAUCGAUCGCACUUGCUUUUUCUGUGGGAUCGUCUGGACACUUUAUCCGCUCGUUUGUCAAGGCUCGUAUGAUAACGGACGAUUCGGGCAACUCUCUAAUGGGCGAUGCUUGUGUGAAGAAAGUGUUGACUGAAGUGCUGGCAUCUUGGGUGCUUGGUGUCGCCUUUGCAAAGUUCGUUGUCAUUACUACGCUUGCCUUGAUACCAACACCUGUGUUUGGGCCUGCUGGCUACUGCUUUUUCCAAACGUUGUUUGCUGCAGCGGUGUGUGCUUGUUUAAACAGUGCUGUGCUGUUGCCUGUAGGCCUUAGUAUUUCUGUGGAUGCUAUGGAAGGCCGUGUGCGUUACGUGAAGUCUACGACCGAAGAAGGUGUCGAGUACUCAUGCGAUAGUCCUUCAUCAUUGUACCACAACGCGCCUCUGUCUGCAAAAUACUGA